CGGUUGUGGUCUUCACGGUGGCCUCGCCUCGCAAGAAUUCUUUCCUCGUGGACGCGCAGAUCUCCUCGUCUUUCCUCGUCACGAUCCAAUUCGAAUUCGCGUGAGCGCGUUCGGAGCUCGCAUCGCUUUUGCGGGCGGAAUUUCGCUGCGUCGGCUUCGCUUCUUCUCGCUUUCAUGGGCGAUGGCGGUGGCGUCUCUCGCCUUCGCGGAACCGAGGUCGAUGUACAAUUCGGCGCUCUGGAGGCCGGCAAUUUCCCAGCUGUCAUGGUUGGGGCACUGGAAACCUGGCCAGCAAUUUCACGAUGGAACCCAGAAAAUGGUGGAUUGAAACAUUUAAAGCACUUGGCAGGUGACACGCAUAUACAAGCCAUUACCUCUAAAUCAGGGUCGGUAUUUUAUGGCCACAUCAAAGGCCAUGAUCGAGUAUCUCUUCAAUUUGGCAGCUUCAUUGACCUUAUCUUAUCCGAGUCCAAGAUGGAAAAGGCUGUUGCGUCUGAAAUGUUACCUCAAAGUGCCGCCAAACGUUCUUCUAAUGAGGAUGUUCAUUCUUUGGAAUUUACAAAAAAAGAGUGUGCGACUACUACAGAUGGACUCGCCGAUAGCAGAAAAGCACAUGAGAUGGAACUGUAUCUAGCCCAGGUUCCAAUUUACAGUAAAGAACAAGAAGGGGAGACGAUGUUGUCGCCUUUGAUGCAAGACAUAGAACUGCCUUCCGUGCUGGAGGGUAAAGAUGUCUGGAACAUCAACUUAUGGAUGAGCAUGAAGAGUUCUAGAUCAAGCACGCACUAUGAUCCAUAUCACAACAUUCUCUGUGUUGUGGCGGGAGAGAAGAAAGUGAGUUUAUGGCCUCCUUCUGCAGCGCCGUAUCUUUAUCCUCUACCAAUUCAUGGAGAGGCAUCCAAUCAUAGCGGCGUUGAUAUGGUGGUACCAAAUUACAAUAUGCAUCCUCUCUUCAAGAAAGCCGUACAGGGUGCUAAGGUGGUCACACUGCGGGCAGGGGAUGCCUUAUUUAUUCCUGAAGGAUGGUAUCACCAAGUGAACAAUACAGGAGUCACAAUUGCUGUAAAUUUCUGGUGGCCUUCCAAGAUUUCACUAUUGCUGGGGUCUCCAAUGGAUGGGUACAUUUUACGACGUGUGAUAUCCAGCCUUUUGGAUCGGGAGAAGAAGCGUAUUCUUGAAGAUGGAAUAGAUCUUUGCACUGAUCGAAGAGGAGCACAUGUCACAGAUAGUACAUGCCACUCUUCCAAGAAUACUAUAAAAGUGAUUGAAAAUCUUGCAGAACAGCAUUGUACACAAGAUCUUAAAGAUGAAGGACCUCGACGGUAUCGAAAUUAUAACGUGGGAAAACAGCAAGCGAAAGUGGAGGAUUUGACCGACGAGGAGACGUUUCAUCUCAGGACACUAGUCACAAGUGCACUUGGUGAGAUGAAAACAUCACCGGGUGCCGAUACCAAGUCUGCUAGAGAGCAGAAAGUUGGUGGUCAGUCUUUUCAGAUCGAAGUUGAUAGAAAUGAAGGACAAGCCAACAAACAACAGAGACCCGUCGAGUUUCAAGAUGACCCACUAUGCAGAGUGUUUGCCAAUUUGGAGGCUCUUUCUCUUCAGCGUGUUCUGCUAGUUAUGGCAACUCAAUUUCCACGCUCACUACGGGUUCUCAUCAUGGAUGCACUUUCUCCAGCCGCAGCAGAGCUCCUCACAAUGAAGUUUGAGGAACUUGAUAGUUAUCUAGAGGUGCCACUUCAGGCGAAGUUUUAUGAACAAUUUUACAGUGUUUUCGAAAGCCCAGAGGCGGUAAUGGCCAUAUUACUUGAAAGAAAAGAGGCGUUCGCUGCUCAGGCCCUACAAAAUGUCUUGUCUCAGUUUCUGGGGCUAUCUUGCGGUACUGCUGGUGCAUGAUUGUGAAGACACCUUGUUUAUCAAGGUAGAAUUCAGAAUAUUGUCCAACUUCCGUUUUUUCAUAUCAAAUACCUGCAUUGCUGCAAGGUGUACGUGAGAUGAUUUACAUCUCCGUGUCAUUUUAUGGUAAAUGGUAUGGAGAACCAUGGUCGUUAUGCAGUCAAGUUAGAUCGCAAAGAUUCUCGCCAUCUUCGAUGAACAUCAGCUUUGAUCUGGUUUGCUACCAAGAGUGUCGGCCGCGGUCUUGGAUAUUGUUAGAGAUGUCCGUGAAGUGGGACGUGAGAAAUAUUAAGUCAACUUCCCACAAUUGUAUAUCUACUUGUCCGUUACUCCAGCCCAAUCAUCUUAUGGGUGUUACUUUGAAAAUCGACUUGUUUCGUACGAGUCAGCAACUGCACACAGAGUUUAAAAGUCUAUACGGUCAAAAUUAUUCUGAAAUCUCGGGACGGGUAGUGGCCUUUGCGUAGUCAAGACAGAGUAUGGCUAGAGCUGGAUCUAUCCACGCAGCCACGAGUUAUCUAGAUUCAAUAUGUACCGGGAAAGCAGCUCUCUUAUCGGGAGUUGAGUAUGAUGUGAAAAGUUUAGACAGAGAUGAUAGAGAGGUUCGGGGAAAGAACUUAACAAAUGCCCCCCCAUGCUGAUUUCAACUGAACUCUUGAAACCCAUUACAACGAAUUAUCUUUGUUUUUAUAAAGUAUAGUAUCAUAGUUUUUCAUUCAUACCGUGUUUAUAUAUUACGGGUUGAGC